AUGGGAGGGAAGAGCUCCCGGGAGGAUUCUGGCAGGAGGUCCUCCGGGUCCAACUUUUUCCCAUCUUACAGCAGUGUUGGCGGUAGGGGAUAUCCACAGGAUCGUCCAUCAUGGCCUGCUCCUCCAUAUGAACCCGCUGAACGGUCAUCUCAGGCUCAGCAUGAGGGUUAUGGAGUGCCAUACUCCGCGCCUACAACAAGCUACCCAGUUCAUCAACCUCAGCCUAGACGCAGGCUGGAUAGGAAGUAUUCGAGGAUUGCUGAUGACUACAACUCCCUGGAAGAGGUACGUACCAUGAGGGAGACGAAGGGUAUGUGAAGGAAAUUUACCUAAUGUUGAAAUAUUAUGUGCUCAAUUUCUGUGGGCAUAAUAGAAGUUUUCUCUACGAGAAAAAUUUCCGUUGAAAAAAAUUUAUAUGGGAUUUUAUGUGAGAUCGAGAUGAAAAUUCCUUUGGCAACAGAUUAUGUCGAGGCUCUCUCAUUUACUUGUGUGAUCUAAGAAAUCGGCAAAUUGAGCUCUUAUACUUGAAGCUGAGGAUAUCCGAUUGAAACUAACUAAUAGGAUUUAUAAUGAAGGAUUUGUUUUAUUUAUGAACCAUUAUCUUAUUCCUUGAAACCUUCCUGGUAACCAUGAUACAAAGUCUCAGACAUCUACCGUCAUCAUCUGUUUCCCCUUGUGUAUCAAUCGGUUCAGCAGUAGAAGUUGGACAUUUAACUUCUCGCAGGAAUCAUCUUUCUCUUUGUACAAUAUUUAUGAGUUGAAAGGAUCAAUAGUGCUGCAUAGGAAAUGAAUGGCCUCCUUCUAGUCCCAUGUGGAUGAUAUCCAGAAAAACGGAAUCGUUCUGUUAUUUAAAAUGUUUCCUUCAAGGUUGUGUUACCACUCAUCCCUUCCAAGUGUCUAAAAGCAGUCGCCCCAAAGUUCUCUCAAGUUUGUAUGGUUCUUCAAAAGUCGGUAUCCCUCUUCAAAGGUGUGGGGCCCCUUUUAAAAAGUCAGUGUUUUCCUAGUUUGUAAUUAGUGGGCCCCCCUGCUCUCCCUCUCACCUCUGGCGUCAAAUCAGUCUCUGCUCUGCAGGUAUUCUAAUCAGUUUGCUUGUGAAGUCUAUUUAACCCUGGUAUAUAGACUUCGCCAAUUAGUCUGAUUUUCUUUAAGGCUCAGAGUGUCAAAAGAACUAUACAUCUGACAUAUGCUGGAGCUAGCCUGAGAUACAUGAAAGCUGAUAGCUGUGAAUUUCUGAUGAAGUAGUUUCAUGUCCUAUUCUGUCAUUCUUGAUGCUACUACCAUAAGAAAUGAAUGAGCGUUAUGAAUAAAAUCUGUUUCUAAAAAAGUGAAACAACCACGUAGAUAUCAUUUAAAGUCUAUUCGUAGAACUGUUGUGUGGAUGAUAAUCAUAAAGGUUCGAUAUUGAUUUAUGGACAGGAAUAUUCUUUUAUUUGCUAUUUUUGUUUGCCAUUUCUUCAUGAAUAUAAUUUAAUUUAAACUGGUUGGGAUCUUGAUGUACUGCGAGUACAUGGAUGUUUCUUUUCCUCUAAGAAAAGCGAAUAGCCCUUAUCCAUAGCUCUUGAGACAUGAGGAGCUGGGCUUGUGUUCGGGUGGUCACUGCUGCAUCUGUACUCUACCGUAUUUUGAUGAUUGUUUGUUGAUCUCAUCUCUUGGUGAACUGUGUUGGCCUUUUUGGCUCUUGAAAAUGUUGGCUUCUAUUUUCGUUUAUAGGUGACCGAGGCGCUGGCGAGGGCUGGGCUUGAGUCUUCAAAUCUCAUUGUCGGUGUGGACUUUACAAAGAGCAACGAGUGGACGGGUGGGUUUGUACUCUCAAAUUAUGUGGUUAUUAUGUGAUGGAUUCUUGCAUAAAGAAAUAUGCGCUGAUUUUAUUCUGUCUGCAGGUAAGAUUUCGUUCAACCGUCAAAGCUUACAUCGCAUUGGAGACGUUCAGAAUCCAUAUGAGCAUGCAAUAUCAAUCAUCGGACGAACCUUGUCCGCUUUUGAUGAGGAUAAUUACAUUCCAUGCUUUGGGUUUGGUGAUGGUAGGAAUCUCUGAUCCCUCACAUCUUUCCUUCAUGAUCAUCAAAUUUGGAAACGGCUAUUUACUUCCUUAUUUUGCCCUUUUGGCAGCAUCAACGCAUGAUCAGGACGUUUUUAGCUUCUACCCGGAUGACAGGCCUUGUAAUGGCUUUGAGGAGGCUCUGUCGCGGUACAGGGAGAUAGCACCCCAGUUGCGGUUGGCUGGUAGUUACAUAUAUCUCUUGAUUAUGUCGAGCACAUGGGAUUGUAGUUUUUUUAUUAAAUUCAUCUUUUUCAAUUUCAGGGCCAACAUCGUUUGCUCCAAUAAUUGAGAUGGCUAUGACAAUUGUGGAACAGAGUGGUGGGCAGUAUCAUGUUUUGUUGAUAAUCGCUGAUGGACAGGUACUUCAUCUCAUCUGCGACAAUUUCUGUUAUGGUUCUAUUCUAAUUUAUAACACACUGGAGGUUUUUGAGGAAUUAGGUUGGGCAUGGGUGGUGGUAAGUUGACAGCCAUCUCGGGAAUGCCAUCUACAAGGGUGAAAAGAGUGAAACAUCUGAUCCUCAUACAAGGUUCAUCUAAUGAUAUAGAAUCCAUCUAAUGAUAUAGAAUGAGAAUAGUGAAUAGUGUGAAUGAAUAAUAUCGCCCAAUGUUGGUCUAGUUCUGACGCAAUCAAUGGGGAAUGAGCAGAAUAGCUUAUCUUAUCAAACUAUAGGAUUUUAGCUCACUUGUCUAAUGUGGGAUUACUUCCACACUCCCCCCAUGUGUAACCCUAAUCAUUUGUGCUUUGUCACAUGAUGAAUAGAAAUAUGGUGUGCAGAAACGUAAAACUCUGAUAUCAUGUAAAAUUAUUGGGGCGUUCACUUCAAAACCUGUUGGCAACUAAGGGGUUUCACUUUCUCAACAUCAGUACAUUAGAUGUUUGAAGGAGGGGGAGCCAUUAGAAAGAUGGUGCAGGGAUAUUGUGCUGUGUCUUUUUAACUUUUCUCAAUAAACUCUUUGGAGUUUUCUUAACACGUACAUCAGUCAAUCCUCCUUUAUGUGCUUCAAUGAACUUCAAUAUGAGUUGCAUCUUAUUCUCUUUUCCUUUGAUUUUGAAUUUUUUUGUCACAUCUCGAAGUCAAUUAGACCUCUUGAUUGUCUGAUCCUUCCAGCAAGACAAUGACUCAUCUGGUCGGCAAGCUUCAGGCUUACUCUGAUAGAGAGAGAGAGAGAGAGAGAGAGAGAGGGCACAAUGUUGUGAUGCGAAUGUGUUCAAUUAUAACGUUCGUUACCUGUUAGCUUUCCUCUGUACUUUUAUUUUUCUUACCUUUCGCAUUGAUGUUCGCAGGUUACAAGAAGUGUAGAUACUCUGGCUGGUCAACUAAGUCUCCAGGAGCAGAACACCGUAGAGGCUAUUGUAAAAGCCAGGUAUGAUGAAUCAGGUUCUCUCUCUUGGUGGUAUAGUGGUUAACUAUGGAAAGGGGCAGGUGUGGGGGUUUGGAGAAUCAGGGAGUCUGGUUGAUGAAGAAUGGAGAGUGUGAGCAACGGAGGUAGAAGCAGCUUGGAUCAGGCAUGUUAGCUGGUUCGAGGAGAAAAACAAUCCAAAAUCAACCCAAAACGAAAGGACAAUUUGAAAACAUAUAAACACCCAAUACGAAAGAACGCAAUUGCAAUCGUAUUGUGAAUGAGGACAACUAGCAAGAUAGGGUUCUUCCCUUUGGACUGGGGACAUUGAUUGGCUAGUUUCUCGAUCAUAAUUGAUCGAUUCGACAAACUAUAGGGAUGCUCAAUGAAUGCCCAGUUUUAAGUUUUUUAAUGUUAUACAUUUACAAACUAAUUUUUGGUGGUAAUCUAUCCUCAAUCAUUAUCCUCAAAAAAGGUUUUUUCAUCAUUGCAGUGAGUUUCCUCUGUCAAUUAUCUUAGUUGGCGUUGGAGAUGGCCCCUGGGACAUGAUGAAGGAGUUCGAUGAUAAUAUCCCAGCUAGAACCUUUGACAAUUUUCAGGUAACAUAUGGAAUAUAAUUCUGAGCAUUUAUUUCAAGCCUUAGCAUGCCAUUUUGUGCUCCUUCUCCUUAUAAGGUGACUAAACAGAUGAUUUCCCCGUUCAGUUUGUGAACUUCACAGAGAUCAUGUCAAAGAGAGUGUCCCAGUCCAGAAAGGAGACAGAGUUUGCUCUUUCAGCGCUAAUGGAGAUCCCUUCACAGUACAAAGCCACGUUGGAACUUGGAAUCUUGGGGUAAAAUCAUUUUUUUUUUUUCUAUAUUUUUUCGUUGAUUAUAUCUCGGGUUUUCUCAUGAGCACUGCUUGUAUCUUUCUGCCUCAGACAUCCAACUGGGAAAUCUCCAGCUAGGGUUUCGCUCCCCCCACCCACUGGAGGCUAUGGUGUGACCUCCGACCGCGCAAAACCUUCUCAGUCAACCAGUGUCAAACAGAGUGCACCGUUAUAUCCCGCAUUUGAUGCUCCUGCGCCAAGCUCUGCUCCUCCUUUAAGUGCUUCAUGGGACAAUCAUGUAAAGAUCCAAUCUUAAUUAUGGCUUAUCAUUCGUCAUUCAUGCAUGGAUAGGUUUAUAAAAUUCUUAUUUCUUGCGAUAAUCAUGAGAAAAAUGCAAUGAUUUUAGAUGGGAUUAUAAAAUUAUUAUCUCUUGUCAUAAUCAUGUGAAAAUUAUUAAUUCAUCAUCCAUGCAUGGGUAGGUUUAUAAAAUUCUUAUUUCUUGCAAUAACCACAAAAACUCCCGUUUUAUGGGAAGAAAAUCACGUGAAGGUGUGCAACGUUUAAGAUGCUUGAUCAUUCAUCCCUCGUUCUUUGAUGGGUUAUUCAAAAAUCCCACUUUUGUGGCCUAUAUAUACAUUCGUACCUUCAUGAUUUGUCUGUUCUUGUGGGACGCACAGGUCUGCCCCAUUUGUCUGACGAACCCAAAGGAUAUGGCAUUCGGCUGCGGUCACCAGGUAACGUCCGAGAGGAGCCUCCCCCCCCCCUCUCUUCCUCUUUGCCUUUCCUUGCCCUAGCGAGUCCCCUGCUGAUGGAUCCGUCAUCGUCUACCUGCAGACGUGCUGUGAGUGCGGGAAGAGUCUUCAGACAUGUCCCAUCUGCCGCAGCGAGAUCGCAACGAGGAUAAAGCUCUACUGA